CGCAUUCGCUCUCCCGCUCUUUACUCUCUUCUUCACCAGUCUCCACCAUUGAAACAGUUAUGAAGUUGUUCUUCUACCACAGGAAAGUCAUGCUAUUCUCCAUUGAACUAGAUCCCUCAAACACAGUUCUAGAGAUGAAACAAAAGAUCGAAAAGACCAAACGCAUCUCUGUUUCCAACCAAACCAUUUUCUUCAAAGGCAAGAUUCUAUUGGCAGAUCGAGACUCUCUCACUCUCACGCAAUGCAAGAUCUUCAACAAAUCACGUCUCGAGUUAUACUUCUGCCGUUCACGUCUACGUCACGACCUCCGUCGAGCGCUUCAGCAAAAAGAGCAACCUCCAGCUCCGGCUUCAACGUCGGUUAAAGAUGUCAUUAUCAUUGAAGACUCGCCUGAAAAGAAUCAAGAUUCGAGUCUGGUUCUCCAUCAAACCGAGAAACCUCUAGUACCACCACCAUCAUGUUCAGUUGAUGAGCUCUCUUCCCUUGAAGAAUGGCUUAUGGCAACGGAAGAAAACGAUAGUGUUCAAGAACCGUCGUGGAGAUACGAUAACUAUCAAGAUUGGCUUCCAAGAGAGUCAUCUUCUUCUACGUCAAACAUAUUUGAAGAUGAAGCAUUCUUCCCCCUUUCACGUUACAACAUCAGUCUAAUGCUUGAGCAAAUGCAGCAAUCUCCAGCUCCGGCGUCAACUUCGGAUAAAGAUGUCACUAACAUUGAAGAUUCGCCUGAAAAGAAUCAAGAUUCGAACGUGAUGGACAAGAGCAACGACGAUCAGGAUCAAGUGCUUCAUCAACUCGAGAGAUCUCUAGUACCAUCAUGGUCAAUUGAUGAGGUCUUUGGCACUCAAGAAUGGCCUGCGGCAACGGAAGGAAACGUUAGUGUUCAAGAACCGUCGUGGAUAAACAACAACGUCCGUCAAGAAGAUUGGCUUCAAAGAGAGUCAUCAUCUUCUACGUCAAACAUAUUUGGAGACUUCUUGUUCGAUGAGGACAACAACCAAAUGCUUCAGCCAACAGAGCAAUCUCUAGCUCAGUCAACGUCGGUUCAAGCUUCUCUCGGAGAGUAUCAAGAUUGGUCUGCGGUGGAGAGGAGCAUCUUCUUUCAGAUGCUUGAUCAACCGGAGCAAUCUCUGGCAGGGUCUGCGAUGGCGAGACAGGACAAGAAUCAAGAUGUGUUUCAAAGUGGGCCAUCUUCUACGUCAAACACAUUCGGAGAGGAUCUUCCUUUGCCAACAGAACUUUUCAGUAACACUCAAAGUCACUGGCCUGCGAGUACAACCCAAGAACAUAGGAUCAGCGAUCAAUAUUUGCCUGUGAGUCAAGUGGUUCAGACCCAGACACCUACGAGGUCGAUCAGACACAUGAUUAACAUUCCAGAUUCGCCUGAGAGCAGCAGAAACAAAAGGGCCAAGAAUCUUCUGACAGUGAUGGUGUUGUCAUUUCCCGUUAAUGAUACACCUGCGAUGAAGUUUCCUGUGGAGGUGAACCCCAGCGAGAACGUUGAAGUACUGAGGACAGAGCUGGCUAAGAUGCAGCAGUGGUCUCAGUUACUUCUCCCUCAAGGAGGGUACUUCUUUAUACACAAAACACAUAUUUUAUACGAGAAGCAGUCAUUCCGUUGGAACCGUGUUGCUCAGGGAGAUACAAUUGAGAUUUUUCCAGGAAGUGUUACCCAAUGACCACCGUACAAACACUCGAACAUAACUAUGUUGCAGUAGUAUUCUCAUUCCUUUAUAGCUUCACAGUUUUCUGCAAAUAUAUGCUGACAGAAAUGUAACUUUGUUCCUGUUGUUGGACAUUUUAAGCUCUGUGUUAUGUCAUUAGUAUAAAGAUCAAAUGUCAGAAUGUGUGUUGACAAAUAAAACUAUAGAUCGCAUUAACUUGUUUAUGAAAAGACUACGAAGUACAGACUAAUGGUGUAGGUAAGAUGUUGCUCAGUUACAUAUUUUUCAAAAA